ACCGCAGCACAUAGACCAACUUUUGAUCCUGCCAAAGGAAAAGAAGCUCAAAGAGGCCCUGCAUAUCACCAGCGGCUUCUUCCAGCUCAUACACAGUUAAAAUUUCGGCAACCAGGACAAGGAGGCGAUGCUGAUUUGAAAACUCGUGAUUUGAGGCAUGAAUUAUUGCAAGCAGAGGCCGCUCACAUUUCAAAGAUCCACGGGCAGACUUUACCUCCAUCAGAAGGUCAUAAAACAGGUGAUUCAAAGCUGCUACUCGAGCAGAGAAGUACAGGAGAGGAUGGAGAGUCUGAGACGAAACGUCGGCGAAUUCUUGAGGAAACAAGACAAAUCGAUGCAGAGUCUAGUUCAGACGAUGUAGCUGACGACUCUAGCGACGAUGGAACCAGUGAUGAUGAUGAAACAGCUGAGCUGCAAAGAGAACUAGAGAAGAUAAAGCGGGAACGGGCGGCGAGAAGGGAACAAGAGGAGCAGGAAAAAGCGGCAAAAGACCAAGAGAAACGAGAGCGUGAUAUUGCUCUAGGAAAUCCUCUAUUGAACACAAAAUCCGAUUUCAACGUAAAGCGCAGAUGGGACGAUGAUGUUAUAUUCAAGAAUCAAGCACGAGGGACUGAGAACAAGGGGAAGAAGGAGUUUGUCAACGAUCUUCUCCGGUCAGACUUCCACAAACGCUUCAUGAGGUAA